AACAUUGAAAAUUAGGAUUGUCAGUUUCAUUAAAAACCCUUUCAUUGAAAGCUGCGUUCACAUUUUUCCUUCUCUCUCUGUUCGAACAUUACUUGAAGUAUUUAUAUUUGCUUCUUUCUUUUCAAAAAUGUUCAUAGGGAAACUACUCCAUUCUAUCAGAUCAAACUGAUCCAGCAUAUUCAUUAAUUCAAUCUGGGUCACUUUUUUUUUUUGCAAUUGAAGUAAUUUUUUGCUGAUUUUCAUCAAAGGGUAGUGAAAUUUGAAGUUGGAAAAGCAAAAAAUGGCUGGAGAAAGUGAAGGAAGGUCUUUAGAGGAAACACCGACAUGGGCUGUUGCUGUUGUUUGUUUUGUUUUGGUUUUGAUUUCAAUAUUCAUUGAACAUAUAAUCCAUAUGAUAGGAAAGUGGUUGAAGAAGAAACAUAAACGAGCACUUUAUGAAGCACUGGAAAAGAUUAAAUCAGAGCUUAUGUUGAUGGGAUUCAUAUCCUUGCUCCUAACAGUAUCACAAAGUUUAAUAUCAGAUAUAUGCAUAUCAGAGGAAGUUGCAGCUACUUGGCAUCCAUGCAAUAAGAAACAAGAAGAGACAACCGUUGAAGCUGAAGAUGCGACAGAUGACGAGCAUCGCCGGAGACUUUUGAUGAUAUCGGAUACCGGUGAAAUUUUCCGGCGUUCGUUGGCGGGAGGCUCAGAUGACAAAUGUGCAGCUCAGGGUAAAGUACCAUUUGUUUCCUCGGAUGGAAUCCACCAACUCCACAUUUUCAUCUUCGUGCUAGCUGUUUGUCAUGUCAUUUACUGUGUUCUUACAUUGGCAUUGGGCAGAGCUAAGAUGAGAAGUUGGAAGAGGUGGGAAAAGGAAACUGGAACAAUUGAAUACCAGUUCACACACGAUCCGGAGAGAUUCAGAUUUGCAAGGGAAACAUCCUUUGGAAGAAGGCAUUUGAGCUCUUGGACCAAAUCCCGUGUUCUAAUGUGGAUUGUUUGUUUCUUUAGACAGUUUGUUAGGUCAGUCCCUAAAGUUGAUUACUUGACCCUCCGACAUGGAUUUAUCAUGGCACACUUGGCACCCCAAAGCCAAACCAAAUUCGAUUUUCAAAAAUACAUAAAUAGAUCAUUGGAAGAAGAUUUCAAUGCUGUUGUGGGCAUAAGUCCUCCAAUAUGGUUUUUAGCUGUACUCUUCCUACUUUUUAACACUCAUGGAUGGUAUUCCUAUCUGUGGCUGCCAUUUAUCCCUUUGAUUAUCAUCCUGCUAGUGGGGACAAAGCUACAGGUUAUCAUCACCAAAAUGGGGCUAAGAAUUCAGGAGAGAGGAGAGGUAGUGAAAGGAGUGCCGGUCGUUCAGCCUGGUGAUGACCUGUUCUGGUUCAACCGCCCAAGACUCAUUCUCUAUCUUAUCAACUUCGUUCUUUUCCAGAAUGCCUUCCAGCUUGCAUUCUUUGCAUGGACUUGGUUUGAAUUUGGAUGGAAAUCUUGCUUCCAUGACGACGUGGAGGAUGUAGUGAUCAGAAUUUCAAUGGGGGUCCUCGUUCAAAUUCUUUGCAGUUACGUCACUCUUCCCCUUUACGCCCUUGUUACACAGAUGGGUUCGAACAUGAAACCAACGAUAUUCAACGAAAGAGUGGCCACGGCUCUAAGGAAUUGGCACCACACUGCAAAGAAACACAUCAAACACAACAAGGGCUCGGUGACCCCUUUCUCUAGCAGACCAAACACCCCAUCACACCACACGUCCCCGGUUCACCUCUUGAGAAACUACCGGAGUGAAAUGGACAGCCUCCAUACUUCUCCCAGGAGAACGAAUUUCGACAUCGAGCAGUGGGACACGGAUUCUCCAUCCCCCUCCCAUCCCAAUUAUGGUGACGGUUCAUUGCCCCACCACCAUAAUGUAGUGGAACCAGUUCAAGUAGACUAUGAUAGGGACGUAAAUGAACCGAGUUCAAGUUCAAAUGAACAACGAGAGCCACCUGUCCAACAUGAGAUUAACAUCGGGCCAAAAGAAUUUUCAUUUGACAGAAAAGCGAGCAUAUAAACAUACAUUUUGGAUUUAAAUUAGAUGGCAACAUAUGUCCACCUUGAGCAGAUGGCUGAUGGGCAUAAAUUGGAAUAGGCCAGGGGAGAAAUGAUGCCACUGAUCAUUUUGGAUCACCGUGUGAAGCACAACACUUUUUUCUUCCAACACUUUUGGCAAAAAGAAAUGGAGCUUCGACGACAAAGUUUUUAUUAUUUUUGUGUAACUUGUUUUUGUAUAGAUAGGUGCAUACAGACUUCUUUUUCAGGACCAAGGCUGAAACUUCAUAUACACCAAUAAAUUUACAGCAUGAUAUAUUAUUGUGGUCAGUCAAUUUUUUCUAAAAUGGUAGAAUUAAUUCAUCAAAGAAUUAGGACGCCAUCAUACAUUUUGCAGCACGCACAUUUAGACUACACAUUAGACCUUAAUAAUAAGUCCAAACGUCAACAACAAUCGAGGCCGCCAUGAUUCGAAAAGAGAAGAAAGUAUCAGUGGAAGACCACAACCAAAGACGAAGCCCGCAAAAGAUCAGCGGACAAUUGGACAGCAGGUGGAGCAAUGGUCAACCCCUUUGCCCAACCAUUCAAACAAAGAGUAGAUUACAUCCCCCAAUUUUUGUAUAUUGAUAGUAACAAUGAAUUUGAAAAGAAAAGGAACGGGAUGCUAAGGGUAGUUUUUAAAGCUAUCUCAAGAUUUGUGUAUUAUUACAACUUUGAACAUUAC